CUUAGUGCCCUCCCCGGCUCCGCCACGGUCUCGCAGCCUUCCUCAGCCGAGCGAGGCUCGGUCGGCUGUAACCUCCCAGCUGGGCGCCCAGAGGCCCGCAGCCCCAGGUGCGCGCGGCCGCCCGGGCCCGCCCACCGCCGUCACGCGCGGCCUCAGCUCCGUCCCCGUUCGCUCCGCCCCGGCAGCGCCGCACUGCCGCCGCGUGGGGCGGGCUUGGCGGCUCAGGCCCAGAGUCCUCCCGGCCUCGCGCCCCUAUGUAAGGCCAGUCGCUUCGGUAGGGCCGCAGCGGCGGCGGGUGCUCACGAGCCUUUUCAGUCGGCGGGCCAUCCCCUGGUCCGUCCUCUGUCGGCCCACGGUGAGUACCCGCCGCGCACGCGCACAGCCCCCCGCCCCCCGCCCCAGCGUCCCGCCUCCGCGCGCCUCCGCGUCCUCCGACCUCCAGCCGCGCGCCGCGGGCAGCUGAGAGCGGCAUGCGGGACUACGACGAGGUGACCGCCUUCCUGGGCGAGUGGGGGCCCUUCCAGCGCCUCAUCUUCUUUCUGCUCAGCGCCAGCAUCAUCCCCAACGGUUUCAACGGCCUGUCGGCCGUGUUCCUGACGGCGACGCCAGAGCACCGCUGCCGGGUGCCGGACACCGCGAACCUGAGCCUCGCUUGGCGCAACCACAGUCUCCCGCUGCGGCUGCAGGACGGCCGCGAGGUGCCUCACAGCUGCCGGCGCUACCGGCUCGCGACGAUCGUCAACUUCUCGGCGCUCGGGCUGGAGCCGGUGCGCGACGUGGACUUGGAGCAGCUGGAGCAGGAGAGCUGCCUGGAUGGCUGGGAGUUCAGCCAGGACAUCUACCUGUCGACCAUCGUGACUGAGUGGAACCUGGUGUGUGAGGACGACUGGAAGGCCCCGCUCACGAUCUCCUUGUUUUUUGUGGGUGUGCUGAUGGGCUCCUUCAUUUCGGGGCAGCUCUCAGACAGGUUUGGUCGGAAGAACGUGCUGUUUGUGACCAUGGGCAUGCAGACAGGCUUCAGCUUCCUGCAGAUCUUCUCGAAGAACUUUGAGAUGUUUGCUGUGCUGUUUUUCCUUGUAGGCAUGGGCCAGAUCUCCAACUAUGUGGCAGCAUUUGUCCUGGGAACAGAAAUUCUUGGCAAGUCAGUUCGUAUUAUAUUCUCUACGUUAGGAGUGUGCAUAUUUUAUGCAUUUGGCUACAUGCUGCUGCCACUGUUUGCUUACUUCAUCAGAGACUGGCGGAUGCUGCUGCUGGCGCUGACUGUGCCGGGGGUGCUGUGCGUGGUGCUUUGGUGGUUCAUCCCUGAGUCACCCCGAUGGCUCAUCUCUCAGGGACGAUUUAAAGAGGCAGAGGUGAUCAUCCGCAGGGCUGCCCGAAUCAACGGGAUUGUUGCACCCUCAACCAUCUUUGACUCAAGUGAGCUGCAAGACCUAAGCUCCAAGAAGCAGCAGUCCCACAGCAUCCUGGAUCUGCUCCGAACCCGGAAUAUCCGGAUAGUCACCAUCAUGUCCAUAAUCCUGUGGAUGACCAUAUCAGUGGGCUAUUUCGGGCUUUCCCUUGACACUCCUAACUUGCAUGGAGACGUCUACUUGAACUGCUUCCUUUCGGCUGUGGUUGAAGUCCCGGCAUAUGUGUUGGCCUGGCUGCUGCUGCGGCACCUGCCCCGACGCUAUUCCAUGGCCACCGCCCUCUUCCUGGGCGGCGGCGUGCUUCUCUUUGUGCAGCUGGUGCCCCCAGAAUUGAAUUCUUUGGCUAUAGUCCUGGUGAUGGUGGGCAAGUUUGGAGUCACUGCUGCCUUUGCCAUGGUCUACGUGUACACAGCCGAGCUGUACCCGACAGUGGUCAGAAAUAUGGGAGUGGGAGUCAGCUCCACGGCGUCCCGCCUGGGCAGCAUCCUGUCUCCCUAUUUCAUUUACCUUGGUGCCUAUGACCGCUUCCUGCCCUACAUUCUCAUGGGGAGUCUGACCAUCCUGACAGCCAUCCUGACCUUGUUCCUCCCAGAGAGCUUCGGCACCCCACUCCCAGACACCAUCGACCAGAUGCUAAGGGUCAAAGGAAUAAAAUACAGGCAGACUCCAAGCCACACAAGGAUGUCAAAAGAUGGUGAAGAAAGCCCCACAGUCCUUAAAAGCACAGCGUUCUAACACAGCCGCCAGUGAGAAAGGAAAAGACUCUCCUGUCAGAAAUGGCUUGUGCAGACACUGAGUGCUUUGGAGGCAAAGGCCUGAUGGACACCCACACUCAGAGUUGCAUGUAGUCCUAGAGCACCCUCCCUCCAGGGACCCCGUGGCUACUGACAGACAACUUUGGAUAAAUCCUAACUAUUACAGUGAGGGACUUGGCACUUCCUAAGAACUCAACUAUUCACUAGAAUCAGUGGGAUUUGGAAGAAUAUGAGAAGCAUUUGCUAAAUUUACAUUUUAAUUUCAGGUUGCCUGAAAAGACCCCUGAUUGAACUAGAGGUCUAAUCCCUCCACCCCUCUCCCCCCAAAAUCUUUCCCCCAUUUCCCUCUAAUGGUGCACUUUAGAGGAAACGAAAUAAUUUCAUAGAGAGUUUGAUUUCUCCUAGAUUCUCAGUUACAAAGAAUAUUAACUGGGAUUGUUGCUUCCCUAGGACAGGAGAGCACAAGUCUGGGGAAACCUAAAAGUAAUUAAUAUGGAGAGGACUGAGCAGAUACAGAACACAGGCAAAUGCAUUGAUUUAUGAGACCUUAGACCACUCAGUGUGACCACUGGGGAGACUUGUUUACAUCUGAUCAAAGCAUUGGGCUUGUCGAGGCCCAUAAGAGAUGCAUCAUUGUAUCUCCUAUUCUUGUUUUCCACUGCUCUGUGAUCAAAUCUCCUAGCUACUGUGGUUUCUGGUGUAUGGCUUGAAGGAAGGAUAUCACUGAGAGAGACAAGCAAACUUGUCCCUUCUCCCAGAACUAUAAUGUGGAUUUUGAUUCUUUGUGUUUUGUUUAUUUGCUUGUUGUUUGUUUAUUGUAUCUUUUUCUCCUUAAGUUAUUUGCCCUUCAGAAUAGACUUAGGAAAGGCUGA